UUUGUAGAUGAAAUUGUAUCUUCAGAGCAACAUGAUGAAAAUUUCAACAUGGAGGACUUUGUUGUUAUUGAUGAAAUUGGUGAAGACAUAGCAGAAGAAGAUGUCAACCGCAAACGUUCUUCUUUAGCUAAAAAGAUCUCCAGAGAGGAAAGAGAAGGGCGAAGCUCAGAUGCGUCAUCUACCUUAAAACAGACCUUAACAAGGUCCUCAAAAGACUCUAAGAGCUCUGCCUCUUCAUUUUCCUCUUUAUCUGAGCCGACUGAAACCACUGAGAAAAGCACCUUUUUUUCUAGGGUCAGAAAGACCCAUUCUUCACUGUCGAUUCCACUUCCUGCCUCCCCUGAUCGGAAAACAUAUCCUAAGUUCAAAUCUCCAGAAGAAACGCUAAAUUCCUCAUCCUUAAAUUAUAAAACCUGUACAUCAAAGAUGGCAUCAACAGUAGCUGUUGAAGCAACAGUAGAGACUGAUCUAACCGAUUUUAAGGAUGACACAAAAGAGUUGAAGAAAAACAAAAGAGAAGACAGGAAAAAGGAUAAUGUCAAACAUCAAGAGGAUGAGGGGGAUGAUGAAAAUUACCAAAUCCUUGAUUCACUCAAUGAGAAAAGUGAUAAGCAGAUAAUUGAAGACAGGAACAAAGAUAACGACACGGAAACUGACUCAGUUGGACUUGUGGAAGUACAUGGACUGCUUGAGAGAAACUAUGAGGUCUGCACAGAGGGCUCCAGUAAAAUGGAAACAGAUGCUUCUCUCCAUAUGUUAGAAAUUGUUACAGAAGACCAAAAAACUACAGUUGAAGGGGACAGUCAUCUGGUCAAAGAUGAAGGUUCCACAGUAAAUAAGCUGUCUGAGGAAAUGACAGGAGAUGACAAUUCUGAUAAAGAUUCAGCUGAUAAAAAUGAAGUGUUGGAUUCAAGUGGGAACCAAACUCCAAGGACCAGUGGAGAUGGAAGCGGGGAAAAAGAGGAAUUGAUUUUAGAAGAAUCUUUUAAAGUUUCCAAAGAUCCUGAGCAAAUAACUUUAGAAAAGCAGGACAACAGAGGCUCCUCAGUGGAUGACACUAAACAAGAAGGCUUUGAGCUUUUGGAUUCAAUUGAGGCUCAGAUUGAAAUACAAGAAGACAACCAGAAACUGGAAACUCUCAGAGACCAAGUAUCUAAAUCAAAAACAGAAGCCAUAGAAGAACAGGAUGAUUCAUUCCAGGUAAUUGAUUCUGUGGAAGAUGAGCCAGUGACCACAGACACAGAGUUAGAAGCUGACAAGAAUGUAAAACGAACAAAGAAAAAUGAUGAAGCUAAAAGAGUUUAUAGAUCCCCAAGGAGGAGUGGACCAGAAAACAGAACAUCUAAGGGUGAAGAGAAGGGCAAAUCAUCAAAGAAACAGACCCAGACUGAGAGAAAUGACAGCACCGUCAAGAAGGUCAAUAAAGCAGCUGAGGAGAUGGUCUAUGAGAUAGUAGAUUCUGUUGAAGAUAAAUCGAUUCAGGAUGACUCUUCUAUAGAAAGUUCUGGUAGAAGAAGGUCUGUCAGAAGAAACAAUGAUAAAAAGACAUUAACAGAGCCUUUUAACAAACGUGAUGGAAAAGAGGAUGCUAAGUAUGAGAUUUUAUACUCCACUGAGAACAAGGCUUCUAGUGGCCCACUAACCAUCAUGACAAGAACAACCAAAGAAGUCUUGAAAAAAGACAAGAUACAAACAAGAAGCAGACCUACACCUGCCAGAGAUUCACUGGCGCCAAACAAGGAGGAAACUCCAAAGACAAAAGAGAAAGGACCUGUAAAAGAGAGCACGCCAACAAGAAGAAGUCACUUCAUAAGAGACCUACAUGAGGAGGACGAUAUUUAUAAAAUAUUGGACUCGGAUGAUUCUGUUAUGCUCACAGAAAAAGCAAAAAGGGGAAGACUAAAGAAAGUAACUAUAAAAGGAAAUCCACUGAAAGAUGAUCCGUCUGAUAAAGUAGCUGUUGAAGAGGACACAUAUCAAAUUCUUGACUCUGUUGAGGAUGAGAUAGCCGAUGAUCAGCUUACCAGAGACCAGAGUACAGAAGAGUCAACUAUAGAUGAUGAAAAAGACACUCUGCCGUCUGUGUCAGACUGCCAAGAUAAUCAAUCAGUGGAGUCCUCAAACCCAGAGGCUUUUGUGACUAUAGAUGAAGCAGGUGAUGACGGGGAGGAGAAAGCAACUAAAUAUGAAGAGGAGAAUGGUAGCUUUGUAACGGUUGAUAAACUGUGGGAGAUUGCUGAAAAAGAAAAAGUGGUAACAACCAGGACAAGCGGUCAAGCCAAGAAGAGAACAAGACAGACACAUGUGAGAAAAUCUACUAGAUUGAAGCAAGAAAGCACAAAAGAUGAGAGAACAGAAUCACUGCCUCCCUCUUCACUUGAUUCCUUAUCACUUUUAUCAUCCCCGGACCAAGUGGUGUCUGGAUUGUCAAGUGAAGGCCAAACAGAGAUUUGGAAAUUGGAGGAAGCAGAUAGACAAUCCAGUAUAGAAACCACAUCUGCUGGGAAGCAGUCCAGCUCUGACUAUGCUGAUAGCCAGAGACUAGGAGAGGAGAAGCAAGGACAGAGAAGGACCGCCCGUAAAGCUUUUGGGAAACAAAGAAGUGAUCUUGUCGAACCUGAAGCAAAGCGAUCUCGCUCUCAGUCUCCUUGUGUCACUGAUAACUUGGACCUGCCGCCUUUUAACCCCAGCAUCCCACUUGGUCAAGAGCAUGUUGUCCCUAAAACGGGGUAUUUAUGUAGCCUGUGCUCAGUUUUCUAUGUAGCUGAGAGCACUGCCAAAGACCUACACUGUAGAAGCCAGAGACAUUACAAUAACCUGCAGAAACAUCACCAGACAGUUGGACAAACAGCUUCAAGAACAUCAACAAGAAAGUCUCAAGACUCCUCUUCGGUCUAAUUGUUAAUGAGUAGUUGUUUAGCCCAUGCUUAAAUAUGGCCGCUAUCUCCUUUGACAGCUAGAUUUUUGUUUACUUUGAGAAAUAAAGGGCUAAAUGAUAAGAAGCCAAAGCUGUCAAGUAGGUAAAUUGCGGAGUGACAUCUUUGAUUUGUUGGCACGGCGCUGCAGUUCUGACUGUUUACUUCAGAUGUUCUUCUUUAGGCGCCUCAGUGUAUAACAGUGUCGACAGUUUGACCAUGAAGGAUUUAGAGUUUACAAUCAGUGAAUGCCAAAAAAAAUAUUUCUGUUCCUAGUCUCGGGAAAACCUGGAAAUAAUACAGGCCUUAAACUUCUUUAAGCCAUUUUGAAUUUAACAGUAGAUAAUUGUGUCUAUGGUAAAUAACCUUGCCUAUGUUUAAAACCAUAUUGUCAUAAAAAUAUGGUUGCAUGUGUGUGUGUUUAUGGCCAGGAACCAUGUAUUCUAAAUGAAAAUAGGCCUACUUAAGAAAAUAAUAAGAGAUAUUUUUUUCCACUCUGGCUCAGCAAAAUCUGAUUAUUAUGCUGCACAUGCUGAUGAGAGACCAAUGGACGAAUGAGUGUUCAAAAGUUAUUUUGGAUUUAUUUACAAUGCUAUACGUACAGUGUAAAUAUGAGCGCAUUUAAUAAAGAUGUUUUCAGAUGUGAGGAGGCCUCAGGGUUGACCGAGGACACGCUAGAGAGAUUACAUGCCUAGGGUGGCUGGUUCUGUUUCUAUGCCAGUUAUUUAUAUUUGGUCAAAAAUAAUUCUGAUUGCUUUCAUUGUAUGACUAUACCAGUAAUAAUAAUUAGUAUUAAUUACA